AUGGCCACCAACAACCUCGUCGAUAUCACAAAGCUGUCUCCCAAGUUCCAAGACUUGUAUGCCAAAGCCAAGGACUUUGUCGAGAAUGACUGCAUUCCUGCCGAGAAGAUCUUUGAUGCACAGAUGGGACAGGGUGAGAACCGCUGGAAGGUGAUCCCCCCAGUGCUUGAAGAAUUAAAGGCCAAGGCACGUUCGCUUGGUUUAUGGAACUUGUUCUUGGGCAAGGAUUACCCUGAAGGCCCUGGCUUGACCAAUUUGGAGUAUUCGUUGAUUGCCGAGUUGACAGGUCGUUGUCCCAAACUUGCUCCUGAAGCCAUGAAUUGCUCAGCUCCCGACACCGGCAACAUGGAAGUCUUUGCAAAGUAUGGCACUCCUGCUCAAAAGGCCAAAUGGCUUGUUCCUUUGAUGGAUGGCAAGAUCCGUUCCGCAUUUGCCAUGACUGAACCCGCUGUGGCCUCUUCUGAUGCUACCAACAUUGAAACCAAUAUCCGUCGUGAGGGCAACGAAUAUGUCAUUAAUGGUCGCAAGUGGUGGAUUUCGGGUGCUGGUGACCCUCGUUGUGCUGUGUAUCUUGUCAUGGGCAAGUCCGAUCCUGAUAACAAGAACCGCCACAAGCAACAAAGCUUGGUCAUUGUUCCCGCUGAUACUCCCGGCAUCACCGUUGUUCGCCCCAUGAUGGUCUUUGGUUAUGAUGAUGCUCCUGAAGGUCACUGCGAAAUGAUCUUCAAGGAUGUGCGUGUUCCAGUGGAGAAUAUGGUACUUGGUGAAGGUCGUGGUUUUGAGGUUAUUCAAGGUCGUCUUGGUCCUGGUCGUAUCCAUCACUGUAUGCGUUGUAUUGGUAUGGCAGAGCGUGCUUUGGAGCUUAUGAUUACUCGUGUCACCGAUCCAUCUCGCCGCACCUUUGGAAAGAACCUUGCUGAACAUGGCACCAUUGUGCAAGAUAUUGCCGUGUCUCGUAUCGAAAUCGAUCAAGCUCGUUAUCUUGUCUUGAGUGCUGCUCAACGUAUUGAUCAAGUCAAGGCUAAGGGUGCUCUUAAGGAAAUCAGUAUGGCCAAGAUUGCUACCCCCAACAUGCUUUUGCGUGUCCUUGAUCGUGCUAUGCAAGCUCAUGGUGCUGGUGGUCUCUCUCAAGAUUUCCCUCUCGCCAAAUUUUUCGCUUCAGCUCGUACCUUGCGUUAUGCCGAUGGCCCUGAUGAAGUUCACAAGAACCAACUUGGCAAGGUUGAGUUGCGCCGUGCUGCCGACAUUGCUGGUCGCAUCAAGGCUCAAAAGGCUAAAUCCGAUAGUCUCAUUGCCAAGCUCUAA